CAAAAGAUAAUGAACACAUAAAAUCAAAGUAAAACCGAAAAAAGAACCAGUUGCUACUGAUAAUUAAGAAAAAUAACACACACAGUGUGGAACUAUUAAUCAAAAUUAAGGAAAAAUUUAGGAAAUGCGAACAUUUGUACUAAAGUAUCAGCAGUAUAAUGGAGGAUGUUUCCAAUACCGAUGUAAAGAAGGUGGAAGCAAGUACGCCAGUAAAAGAAACCAGAAGUAAGGAGGAAUCCCCUACAGAAGCUGGAGCAGGUCCUGUGCCACAAAGUUCCCAAGAAGUGUUGCUCAGCUCACACACAUAUAAUUCACCAGAUGACGAGCAUUCCAUUUGCGAAACUAAUGAAGAUAGAAGAUCAGGAAUUGCUUCCCCAUCACCUUCUUCACCUGAAGAUGUUUGUAAAACAGUUGAUAAACAUAAUGGAGUACAGGUAGAUAGCUCCGGAAUCUCUGGAGAUAUAUGUCUUGGAAGUCUGAUGAGUGCAGAUUUAUUGGAGUCCGAACUUAACUCACAAUCUAGUGGGGAGCUUUUAGAUAACAAUGAAUUGGUAGCGAGGAAAAAGAAAAGAGAUUUGAUGAAAACAGACGAAACUGAAGACCCCGAGGAAGAAUUUAGGAAACAUUUUCUUAAAACUUUUCAGAACUUGCCUAGAAUAUCACAGAUCUCACUGGACGAUAACCCCAUAAAUCCGACAACAGAAAGCAAACAGAAUGCUGAAAUAGAUACAGAAAUGCCAAAUACUUCCAAUGAAGAUGCAGGAUCAUUAAAAAAUGAAGGUGUAAUAACUGGCAAAGCAAUAUUACGAACAAAUUUAUCAACUAGCGAUGCAGAUAACAUCGAGCAGCCGGAUAACAAUAUCACAGAAAACACCGAAAUUACCUUACUUCAAAACAGUUAUAUUCAAGAGAAAGAGAAUGCUGAUGAAAUUCCUUCCUCCUCAAAUAAAAACAUUUAAAAUCAGAAAGUUUAUAAUUUGGCAAACUAUCCGUAUCCAUAUUUUCGGCAUUUAAAUUUCAGUUAUUUGGCCAUAUCAACCCAAAUAAUGAUUCAAAAGUGGAAUGUUAUACCUCGUUGAGCUCGUAAUUUGAUGCCCAAUCGAUUGGCGUUCCAAUCUGAACCUUUUAUUUUUUGACCAUUUUUUUCAAAUUUUGAUGAUGUAACCCCUUAUAAAAAAUGCAAAAAAUUGAAAAAAUUAAAAUUUUUUCAAAAUCUUCCUAAAAGUGAUGCGGAUAGUUAGCGUUGGUUGUCCGCAACACAAAACAGUCGGAUUUUCAUAUCUACGACUGUUGUAGACCAUUUUCUGAAACAAGGAUCUUCUUUCUGCCUUAACCACUUCAAAGAAUUUUCAUCUCCUGAGCAACCGACUUCCAGAAAAAAAAACUCAGCCAACUUCAUGACGCCAAAUUAACUAGCAGACAUUUCUAUUAGCUCUUCGGAAUGAAUGCCUAGGCAAUUUACGCUUAAUAUAUGCAUGAUGCUGUCCGCCCGAUAACAUUCGAAGAAUGCCAAGGGAUUC